CUCUUAAGCCCGCCCACGGCGCAGCCAUGGCCGCUGCUCCUUAAAACCAACUGCGCAGCACCUCAACCCGGCAGAGGGGGCUCUCCAUGGGGUUGAAAACACCGGAAUCUGGCCUAUCUCAUACAACCACUAACGUUCAUUCUCAUUCUUUACCAGCAAAUAUGACAGCGACUAUUUCUUCUCCUUUCUUCGAGUACAGAGAAGUCUCUAACAAGAACAAUAAGAUGUUGAAUUACAGCAGCAACAACAACAGUCUUGGUGGACCUCAGCUGACCUCGGUCCCAUACUCCAGUGCCAACCUCUCCCCCUGCACCAACACUGGGUCCCUGCUGGACAGGAAGGUGGUGGGGGCCCCCUCUGCAGGAGGCCAACGUCGUCACUCAGUCAGCCUCCCCAGUGCGAAGUUCAGCCAGAAUCAGUUUGUCAACAACCUUAAAACAGAUCCCACUGUGUUGCUGGGUGGCAGUUCUAACAGCAACAAGGAGAACCGUUUCCGUGAGCGCUCCUACUCAGAGCUGGGAGACAGGCUGCGGCCCGGUAGUCAGGUGUGUGUAGGUGGAAGCAGCCAGGUCAACUCGAGCCGCUAUAAGACGGAGCUGUGUCGGCCCUUUGAGGAGAAUGGCACCUGUAAGUACGGCGACAAGUGCCAGUUUGCCCACGGCAUGCACGAGUUGCGCAGCCUGAGCCGUCACCCAAAGUAUAAGACUGAGCUGUGCCGCACCUUCCACACCAUCGGCUUCUGCCCCUACGGCCCCCGCUGUCACUUCAUCCACAACGCAGAGGAACGCCGCGGGCCCCCUCCCCUCUCUACCUUCAACAAGAUGCAACGCCCUCGUCUGCAGCACAGUUUGAGCUUUGCAGGUUUCCCCAGCUGCGGCGGCCUGCAGGACAGCCCCACCUCCGUCACACCUCCGCCAAUGUUCUCCACUGAAGACCUCACCAGCAGCCCCUUCACCUAUUCCAGCCAGGAGCUCGGCAGCCUGUUUGGCCCCAGCCUGGGGCCAACACCUGUGUCUGAGCCUCAGGCCCCACCUUCCCCAACUACCUUUUUCCAGCCCACCUCAGAGGGCUCCCCCAGCCUCCCCGACUCUCUGUCUGACCAGGAGGGUUACCAGAGCAGUCAGAGUGGCUCUGAGUCACCCCUCCUGGAUGCUUCCCGUCGCCUCCCCAUCUUCAGCAGGCUCUCCAUCUCUGAUGAUUAAGGUUUCUGCAUCUCUGUGCCUGAGAUAGGAGGGAGAAGGAGAGAGGAAGAUGGGAACUCUCUUCCUCUUCUCAGCCCUGUUUGCAGGAGAAGCAGACUGCUCUGCAUUGUUAUAGUCAGUUGAGGCUCUCUGUUGCAGUCGGAAGUGUCAAAGUCAACAUCCCUGUCCUCCCAGUGAGGGGGUGAGGCUCUGCAGCUGCCAUAAUCAAGUUCAAAUGAUGAAAAAAGCUAAUCGUGUGAUUGCAAACUAAUCAGGUAAUUAAGCUAUUGGCAUAAGUAUUAAUGCACUCAGGGUGCAGGUGGUGCUUGUUUAACAGGGUUCUUGCACAAUGCGCCUUCUUCUGAAGUACACUGCAAGAGAGGAUUCGCUGCCUUUCUAGCCAGUGUGUCUGCUAGAAAUGCAACGAUGAGGUGACUGAAAGAAAAUUUGUAGAAAAUAUUUUUAAAAUUCCAACUUAAAUGUGCAAAAAAAUCCUUUGAGAAGCUGGAAGCAUCUUUUUUUGUCAUUUAUGGUCGUAUAGGUAGGGUCUUUGGGUUUUGCAGUUUGUUGGACUAAAGAAGCAAAGAAGUCACUUUGGCUUCUGGGAAAUUUUCUCUCUCGAUUUUUAGGCAUUUUAUAGACUAAAUAAUUAAAUGAUUAAUGGAUAAUGAAUAUAAUUGUUUGUUGCAGCCCUUGUGUUUGCGUCUAGAGCAGCUUCCCUGUAGCUCUGCUUCACACUGUUAUCUGUGCACACAGGGUCUAUACUUACUGGAACAGCUGUAGUUUCUGAAUUGUGAAAUUCAUUGUGAAUGUAUAUAAAUGCCUAUAUUUAUUGACAGUUCUUGUAAAUUGCACUCAAAUGUUUGGGGAAAAUAUUUUUGUAUUCUUCAAUACAUUCAGUGUGUUUAUUUUUUAUCCUUCAAGUAUACCAGCGUCAGUGCAGAACAGUUCUCUACAGAGCAUCUGCAUAAGUAAUUCGAACAGCACAAUAUUCAAAACGGACAACACUAAUAUUGAUCUAUUGAAUUUGAUUGAUCUCUUAGAACCCUGUUUAAAUCUCCCACCUGCACCUUACAAACAUCUUAUUUACAGAUUAACCAUAGCUUCCAUUUAGACCUCUCGUCCAUUCUGCAGUUCUGGGCAGCAUCUUCUCUAGAAUGUGGACCAGAUCUGAAACAGUCUUGUCCUCAUGUCAGUGUCUUUUACGGGGAGAAAUUCUCAUUGGAUUAUCAAAACCACUGAAUCAGUUUUGCUCUUAAAAAAAAAAAAAAAAAAAAACAUUUUAAGCUAUUAUUUUGAAAAGACAAUAGAAGCAGUAUCAAGCACAGACUUACUAGCUAGCACUUUGAGUCAUGAUGAUGAUGUAAAAUUUAUUUUCAACCACUUUUUCCCCAUGAAGUGCCUUCAAAUACAUUCCAUAUAUCUCAAAUGCUGUGCCUUCAUAUUUGUCUGUGAUAGCAGAUAAAAGCCUAUAAUGUCUUGUGUAGGUUAACAGGAUUGACACAUGAAAAGCAACUGUUGAAUGUAUUUUCAAGCAGCCAUUGCUGUUACUACAGUAAUUACUUAGUUUGUGGUUCCUUUUGUAAUUACAGAUUGCAGUUAAAGCCAAUAAAAGUUGUAUUUAUAUUGAA